GGUGAAUUAAGACCAUAUUUCAUUUUUCAGCUACAAUGGAACUCCCGCGUUUGGAACGAUGUUGCUGUUUUUUUGAUUUGCAGACUGGAAAUAUUAUAUUAGGAUGUAUUAAUGCUUUCUUGUCAUUUUGCCUCUUCGUGGUAAUGAUAGUGGCUGCUGUUCAAAUUGACGCUAUUAAAACAGACGCAGACAAUGAACUAGGAGUGACAAACAAGGACGGCGAAUCAGGCGAAGAAGGCGCAGUAAUCAUACUAGAUGCCGAGCUCAGCGGACUAUACGUAAUCGCAGUUAUACUGGUGUUCAUGUUCCUAGCUAAGCUUUUGUUCGACGUGUUUUUCGUCAUUGGCGUGAUACUGGAGCGGAAGGGCAUUAUUAAAGCCUACUACAUCAUGUGGACAGUAUUUAUGAUGCUUUCAACGUUUACUUUCUUCCUCAAUUGGAAGUACUGGGGUGUGAAGACUAUCAUGUCUGAAGUGAUCUACUUAUGUUUAAACUUGUACGCCGUGUUGGUGUGUCACAGUUUUUAUGUUCAACUCAACAUGCGUGAAGAAGUCUAAAAAUACUAAUCCUAAAAAAACAUGCCGCC